ACACAGCGACACAGUCGAAAAGCUUUAAAUAUCAGCGACAAUAUUCAUUUGCAAACAAUUUUGUAUAGCAAUUCAAAGCUUCUACCAACAUCUUAAAAUUGUCGACAGAAUGGCCCUGCCGCUACAACACUUUAAGCGAGGUUCGCCCAAACCGGAACUGCCCGAGGACGGCGUCCUGCGCUACUACUCGAUGCGUUUCUGUCCGUACUCGGAGCGCGUCGGUCUGGUGCUGGCCGCCAAGAAGAUACCACAUCACACGGUUUACAUCGAUCUCAGUGAGAAGCCAGAGUGGUACAGCGAUUACAGUCCUCUGGGCAAGGUGCCGGCCAUCCAGCUGCCGCAUUUGCCAGGCGAGCCGACCCUGGUGGAGUCACUGGUGAUUGCAGAGUACCUGGACGAACAGUAUCCCGGUGAGCAGUCGCUCAUUUCCAAGGAUUUUCUGCAGAAGGCUCUGGACAGGAUCCUGAUCGAGCGCCUGGCUCCGGCCAUCAGUGCCAUCUACCCGGUGUUCUUUACCAAGGAUCCGCCCGGCGAUGCCAUCAAGAACUUCGAGACGGCACUGGAUGUCUUUGAGCAAGAGAUCACCAAGCGAGGCACUCCCUAUUUUGGAGGCGACAAGAUCGGUAUUGUGGACUACAUGAUCUGGCCGUGGUUCGAGCGAUUCCCCGCCCUCCAGUACACGCUGGAGCCCAAGUAUGAGCUAGAUGCGAAGCGCUACGCCAAUCUGCUCAAUUGGCGCAACCUGGUGGCCGAGGAUGAGGCCGUCAAAGCCACGGCUCUGGAUGCCCGCAUACAUGCCAAGUUCAUGCGCACGCGCCACGAGGCUAAGCCCAACUACGACGUUGCCUUCGAGCCAUUGUAAGGAGCGUGACUUGAUGAUUUGGCCAGGAUUAGUUAGCUGUUGAACAGCAGGAAUUAAGUUACUUAAAUUUGGAUUGUAAACCGCUUAGCGAGAAAUAUUAAACAAACAUAUAUAUAUUUAAA